AUGAAGAGACGAAAAUCUUUGUUUUUGUUGUGUGCGAAUGAGAAGAAGCAGCUGGCAGAGGCGCAGGAGAAGGCGACCACGGCGGCGUCAGCAAGCCCUAGGUGGCAGGAAUUGUGGAUCGGAAUUAGCCGACCACCAUCCCUAGCCUGGUUGUUCGUACUACACCAAGUUGGCCAAUAUCUCUCCGCCGAUUUCCACCGCAUUUUCACCGGAGUAACCCAACAACUCAGCCGAUUCCUUGAUCGGUGUCGGCCAGGGGUUAGAGUUGCUGUACUGGGACCAGUAAUAUCUCAAGUUUUGCAUAAUAAUUUUAUGUCGAUUCUUAGUAGGUGGAAUUUACAAGAUUUGAUUUUAUGCUAA